GCAACAAGGUGAGCAGCAUUGUGCAGGUUGAGUGGCAGUGUGUGCACAGAGUCUGUUCGACAAUGGAAUCCGGGGCAAGUGUCUACAUAUUAAGCGUUCUGGCUCUGGCUGUGGCUGUGAGUGAAUCAACAACAUCCGUCUCUGAAACUCUCCCGAACUCCAUCGUAUCAGAAAACAAAUCGAGUGGCCAGGAAUCAACAGCUCCAACACUCCGAGGAAAUUCCAGUCAAUUCAUGGCUCUGAAUUCAAAACAAAACUGUCACCAAAGUGAGCAAGAUUAUUGUAUGAAUGGCAUUUGCCAAUACCAUGAAAGUCAGGACCAGGUCACCAAACAUCGCAUCUGCAUUUGUCACCAAGGAUAUACGGGAACAAGGUGCCAACAUGUGCUGUUAACAUCUCAAGGAGUUGAAAAGUCGGAACGCUUUCUGAACAUCGCGGUCGGGAUUGGGAUCGGAUUACUACUGAGUGGGCUUGCCGUCCUGUUCUAUUACUGCUGCCGAAAGAGGUGCCAGAAAUCUAAUACGAUGUACAGCACAUGCUCGAGACAGGCAAGAGUUUGACCUGCUGUGUGACUCAGGCUGCUGACCUUGAUCCCAUGGUCUGAUAGUGAUCAGCUCACCCACUGGUGGAACCAACGUGCCCAGAACAGAAGUGAACUCUGCAAUCACGCAUUACACUUAGACAGGACUAUGGAAGAGUGUAACUCAUUACUGAUCAUGUGCUAUGGCACAGGGGCUUUCUAAUUCAGCCCUGCAAAGUCUUAUAAGCUAAUACGUAAAGAUGUGUUCAACUGAUACAUUCUGUGCUCAAUCAAUGAACGUAUUGGUGGACCCAUGUGUUUACGAUCCAGAUCAAUGAUUUGGGGAGGGGACCAAAUGUCAUAUUUCCAAGUUAGAUGAUGCUACAACACUCGGUGGGAUUGUGAGGAGGGAGGAGGGUGUAGAGGCUUCAAGAGGAAAUGCACAAGCUGAGUGAGUGGGGAAGAAUCUGGCAGAUGGAAUAUAAUGUGGAGGGCGGUGAAAUGAUCCACCUUGUUGCAUGUAACACAAAAGUGGAAUAUUUUUUAAAUGGGAGAGAUUACGAAAUGUUGCAGUUCAAAGGGAGCUGGGUGUCCUUGUGCACAAGUCACUGGAACCCAACACACAAGCGAUUAGGAAGGCAAAUGGUGUAAUGGCCAGUAUUAUGAGAGAAUUUGAACACAAGAGUGAAGAUGUCUUGAUGAAUUACUGGGGCCCUUGGUGUGACUGCACCUGUUGAUUACUUCAGCCAUUUCUGGAGUAUUGUGUCCAGUCCUGGGGACCACAGUUAGGGAAGAUGUGAAGGCUUUGGAGAGGGAGCAGCAGAGACUCAGCAAAAUUAUUCCAGGGAUCAGGGCCUUCGGUCCUAUGGAUAGACUGGAGAAACCAGAGUUGUUCUCCUUGGAACAGAGGAGGUUGUGAAAGGAGCCAAUAGUAUUUAAAAUCAUGCAGGGUACAGACAGAGAGAGACUGUUCCCAUCAGUGGAGGAUGAAGAGGGACAUAGAAUGAAGGUGCUUGGCCAAGAACCAAAAGUGACAAAGAGGGAACACUUUUUUACACAGCAAGAGUUUGGGGGUCUGGAACACAUGUGGGUGGGGGGGAGUAGUGGAGGGGGAUUCAGUUGUAGUAUCAAAAGGGAGCUGGAUUAGUAUCUGAAUAGAGGAAUGAGCAGGGCUGUGGGGAGAGGGUGCGGGAGUGGGAUUGGCUGGAUUGCUCGUACAUGGAGCCAGUAAGGAGCCAAGGGUCCUGCUGGUCUCUUCUGGUGCUGUGGCCAUCCCGUGAUUCUGUGCAAUUAUUGUCCGUAAUAGCUUUGAAAGUAUGCAUUGUAAGCUGAAAAACAAAUAUUAUACAUUGUCAGUAUUUAUUUGGUAAUGCAAAUAAAUUAUUUUUUAUCCUAA